AUGGAACAAAUUGUCUAUGCUCAUGCUCAGCAAACCCCUGGUGCAACCGCCGUUAUUGAUGGAGCAUCAACCCUCACGUACGGUGAACUGGUUGCUGAGUCAAAGGCAUUGGCUCAGACACUAAGGGAAAAAAUCAAGAUCUCUAUGGAGGAGCCGGUUGGGAUUUUGCUCGAUCCAGGGACAUUACAAGUCGUUGCUCAACUUGCUGUCCUUCUGGUUGGAGGCACCUGCGUACCGAUUGAGCCCUCCUUUCCGGAACACCGGAUCACGUCCAUGUUACGAGAUGUCCACGCUAAGCAUCUCAUUAUGAAAAUGCCUGGAACCCGGACGCUCCAUGAAUUCAACCAUAUUUACUUCAGUGACAUCGAAAAGUGUUCUAUCUCUGUCGUUCCCGAUUUAGAGUUUGGCCCUCAGGUCAACCGGAGCCAUAUACUCUUCACAUCUGGGUCAACCGGGAAGCCGAAGCCGGUUCAGGUUCAAGCAAGUAGCAUCCUACAUCUUGCUACAAAGACUCCAGUGACACCACUUUCUCCAGAAGACCGAGUGGCAGAAUUCAAUAGUCCCGGCUUCGACCUUAGCUUGUUCGAGAUCUGGGUCACCCUCAUUGCAGGUGCGACCAUUGUGGUCACUCCCCGCCAUGUGGUCACAGACCCUAAUGCUCUCCCUGCAUUCCUUAAAGAGCAAAACGUGACUAGUAUCAUAAUCACAGCGGCACUCUUUGAGACUAUUGUCUUCACUUCCCCUGGAGCGUUUGAAUCGCUACAUCAUGUUCUCACAGCAGGUGACGUCGCCAAUCCGCGGGCGAUGAGGAGCGUACUAGAAACAGGGCCCCCUCAGCAUCUGUGGAAUACAUACGGACCAACCGAAUGCACGACGCUGGCAACUAUGUUUGACGUGACACUUCAAGAAACCCACCGUGAACGUAUCAGCAUUGGGCAGCCCGUGGGAGAUAUGGAAGUCAUCUUACUAGACGAAGAUCAGGAGCCUAUUCUUGACUGCGGAAAACCCGGGGAAAUUUGCAUUGGAGGCCCUCAACAAACCCCUGGCUAUUUGAACCGACCAUCGGAAACUGAGAAAUCCUUCAUUCAUUUACGUAAACAAGAUCUCCGGAUUCCGGGAGAUGAUGAUCUUAUACGUCUUUAUCGGACUGGAGAUAUAGGUGCUUGGCAGUCUGAAUCUCGUUGUCUCGACUUUCUCGGCAGGUCAGAUACGCAGAUCAAGUUCCGCGGGUUUCGAGUAGAGCUAGGAGAGAUUGAAUGCACCCUGCAGUCUCACGAGGAAGUUCAGGCAGCGGUUGUUGCUCGACAGCCCCCACUAAAUGCUGAUGGAACGGAAGCAUUGGUGGCCUUCAUUAUUCCGAAGGCCACGGACUCUGUACAUUCAGAGGGCUUGAGGGACGUUGCUCGUGAACGACUUCCACAAUACAUGAUACCCAGUGCUAUGAUCUUCAUGGAGAAGUUUCCUUUAACAGCAAACGGAAAAGUGGACCGUAAGGCAUUGAUAGAUGACCGGCUCAAGAUGCUUGAAGAACAGAAACCCCUUCAAAAUGGCACUGAAGAGAAACAAGGCAAGAUGACAGUUCUUUCUGACCUGUGCAAGAAUAUUCUGAACAUGCCACAAGUUCACGAAGAUGAUGAUCUAUUUGAUCUAGGCGCCACGUCACUCCAAGCUGCCACUCUUCUUGCGUUGAUCCAAGAUCGUCUAGGAUGCAUGGUUACAAUGGAAGACCUUUACAGUCAUUCUACGUUGUCAAGUCUAUCACGGCUGAUCGAACUCAGGGAAUCUGGCACCUCAUGCAAUGCGCCUGAUAACACCCGGCUGUGGUUGGAAGACAUAAGUCGAGUCGAUGAUAUUGAACUAAUCCCUCACUGGGAAUCCGAAGAUGAGGGAAAGGUGUUUAUCACAGGGGUGACCGGCUUCGUCGGAGCCCACUUUCUUCAUCGUUUACUUUGCAAACCAUCGGUCAAGCAAGUCGCUUGCCUGGCCCGCUCGAAGCAGGAUGUGAGUGCAGCAACCCGGAUUCGACAAGCCCUGGAACGCUACGACUUGUGGGCGGAUUGCGCGGAACACGAGCAAAAGCUUAUUGUUCUUGAUGGUGAUCUAUUCGAUAGCACUCUAGCCCUUGGGAAAGAGCGCUUCAACUGGCUAGCCAACUGGGCAUCAGUAAUUUUCCAUCUCGGAGCUAAAGUCAACUUUUGUGAGUCGUACCGCGAACACCACAGAUCCAACGUCAUCGGCACCUGUAACGCUCUUCGCCUGGCUGCUGCAGGCCGUCGCAAAGCCUUCCAUUACUUUUCUACUAUCGACGUUUGGGGACCAACCGGCCUCAUCCUGGGAAGCAAAGAGCUAUACGAAGAUGAAACCUUGAUGCCACACAGCCAGGCCGUACGGUAUGACCUAGGGUACUCGGGCAGCCAGUGGACAGCUGAAUCGAUGGUACGUCGCAUGCGUGACCGAGGUUUACCCACCGUUAUCUACCGGCCAGGGUUCAUCAUCGGCGACAGCGUAACUGGACAUAGCAAUCCAGACGACUUUAUGUCCCGGCUGAUAGUCGGAUGCAUCCAACUGGGUACAUUUCCCAGAUUGGACCAACGGCUAGAAUAUGUGACACUCGACUAUGUGAUCUCAGCUGCGAUGCAUAUCGCCUCGUCUAAUGAGAACUUAGGACGAUCCUACAGCCUUCUAUCGCCGGAUCAAUCAAAAUCAAUCACUGUCAUAGAUACCUGCCGCGUUAUCAACGAUGCAGGGUACCCAUUGAAGAUCAUCGACUACAAUGACUGGGUCGAACAGGUCUUCGCAGAACAACAACCGGAUGGACCCCUGGCGCCUCUGUUACCGAUGUUCCGGGAGCGCGUCCUCGGACGGUUGACCCGUUGGGAAGUUAGUCAAUAUACUCCGUAUUAUCGAUCGGACAAUACGGUCCAGGUCUUGAAGGAUCGACCUGAUAUCCAGUAUCAACCGUUGGAUGCUCCGUUGCUGAAGAAGUACAUCUCAUUUUGGAACAGGAAGGGAUUCUAUAAGGUUUGA